GCGAACCGCGAAAAAUUCAAAACCCCCUACAACCAACCAAACAACAACUACCAACGAGAUGGACGAGGAACGGCAACAGGGUGGUGGAGGGAGCUUGUUGGCCAGCUUUGAUCGGCUGGCGGAGCAGCAGCUCGCCCUUCUCGAUGAUGCACACCAACAAGGCCAGCGGUACCACAGAGUGCUCAAGAAGCUCGGCGUCAACGACCGGAAGACGGUGCCGGAGUUCUUUGAGCAGAUUGAUGACAUGCAGGAAGAGGUGCGGCAGUCAGAAGGCCGCGUGAACGACCUGGAGCGGGUGGCCGCCGAGCUGCAGGCCGAGGCCGCAGCGCUCAUGGAAGGAAUCGGGCAGGAGCAGAUCAAGCGCCAAACCGCAGAAGCCGAGUUUGAGGAGGCCUGGGAUAUCAUGCAGGACGUGUAUCAGCUCAUCUGCGAGAGCGGCGACGACACCAUGGCCGUGUCCAUCAACCCAGCAGAGCUGAGCAAGAGUAUGCGCAGGCUGUCCGCCACACGGCGCUCCGUCCUGCACCGCCGCGAAACGCUCGAUCCCCAGUCGUCCCCGUGCCCAAGGCCACCAGAGAGCCCGCUGCCACUGCUCAAGCGGCGCCAGGUCCGCCGCAGCCAGCACGGUACGGAGGUGCGGCUGCCCAAGCUCAUCGUGGAAGAGGACAACGAGGGCGAGGAGGAGCAGCAUGCAGAGAUGGCCAGCGAUUCCGAUGUCACGGAGGACGAGGAAGACAGUAGCACAAACACAAGCACCAGCGACGGCACAGACACGACUGACAUCACGGACACAAGCGUCACCACAGAUAGCAGCGACAGUAGCGGCGUGACAGCAGCAACUGCCACGACCGCAACAACCGCAACCACCACAAGUUCCGCAACCACAAGCAGCAGCAGUGGAAGCAGCAGCAGCGGAAGCAGCCGCACGACUGCCAGCAGCACAGACUUUGAGGACAAGGAUGUUCUGUUGGACGAGCCAUCCCAGCGCAUCAAGGCGUGGUUGGAGACAAGCGUCAUCAUCGAAGAUGGAUCGCUCUCGGGCUUUGACGAGGAUGACGUGGUCACCGACGACGACAACGAUGAUGAUGAUGAUGACGACGAUGAAGAAGAUGUGGAGGAUGUUGUGGACGACGAUGAUGGUCACGAUGGGCACACGAGCGUUUCGACUGGAUAUGACCUCGAGAGCGAGGGUGCGUCCAGCAACGGAGAUGGCAAGUACCACCCGGCACCGGGCCCGUCUGCUUCGUCUCGUCGCCGUUCGGACUGGUUUGAUGUGUACGGCGGCGUUGUGCCGGCACGCGGUCCCCCAUCUGCGAGCUCUUCUGAACCCGCUGCGGACGCGAAGCCAAACACAGUUCACUUCCACCCUUCCACCAAGACCAGCGAGCAAAGCCCGGCCAACACCAAGCCAAAACACCGCACCAGCACUGGCGGUAAAGGCAACAAGAUGGACGUGAGCGAGGACACGGCUGAUCCAGAGAACGUGUCCAUUGAGCUUGGCUCUCCACCGCAGGCAUCGGCUGUACAGCGCCGUCACAUGCAGCCAGACUGCGUUGAGGAUGUGUACAAGGGCAAGACGGGCCGUCGCAUCCGUGAACAUGAUCUUGACAAGUACUCGAGUGCCACGCGCACGUUUACCUGCAGGCACUGCUCCACCCGCAUCCGCCGUGGAGAGAAGCAUCAGCGGUGCUGGCAGUGCACCCAGCACUUUCACGAUCGCUGCGCAACCGAAGGCAUCCCGGCCAUGUGCGAGCCACCACCAUUCUUUGCCAGCGACGGCAAGAAGCGCAAGCCCGUUCGCCCAGGCUUCAACCUGCAGAACGACGUGUUCCAAGAGGCUCUCAAGUCCAACUGCUACACCCUUGUGCCACGCAUUGUUGAGGACUGCGUGCGGCAACUCGACCGUCGUGGGCCCAUGUCGCAGGGGAUUUAUCGCAUUCCGGGCACAAAGUCAAACGUGGACCGACUGUGGGACGGCUUUUUCAAGGACGAACGCCCGCCAUCCCUCUACACACACGCAGACAUCAAUGACGUUGCAAGUUUGUUGAAGCUGUACUUGCGCGGCCUUGACGAGCCGCUGCUGACCUUCGACCUCUACCCUGUCUUUGCUGUCGCCGUCAAGGAUGAGAAAAACCGAAAGAACAAGGUCAUCUUUGCCGACUUGUGCAAGGUUGUGCAGGAGCUUCCGCCCAUCAACUUCUUCACGCUUCACUUUAUCAUUCGACACCUCAAGCGACUGUCCAAGCAUUCUGAACGCACGAGCAUGACGCUUGAAAACCUUGCUGUCUGCUUUGGCCCGAGCAUCAUGUGGCCGCGCCAGCAGUCCAUUUCGGCCAUUGCUGUCAGCAACAAGGUCGCCGAGUAUCUCAUCCGCAUGCCAAGCAAGAAGUGGGACGCCACCCAGCAGGAGUUCCUGCAACGCUCCAACCUGAUCACAGACGUGAGUGUGGAUGGGAAGAAACUGAAGAAGCAGCAGCAGGCGUCCAUGAAGAAGAGGAAGAAGGAGGCGAAGAAGAACGUCAGGAACCCAGCCGGCAGCCUGCGCAGUCGCGGCUCAAGCAUCAAGAUGCUCUGAUCAAACCUUGCGCACACACACGCACGCACAAUGCUGGUUGUGGACUUCCUUGCGGACUGCCUCUACUGUUCUCUUGCCUUAUGUUAUUGUUGAUAUGUUGAGGUGUGCGUGGAGGAGAGUGGGAGAGGGGACAGACAGCCAGUGAGCCUGCUAUAGACGCGCACAAAGAGC